CUUAAGGUCCUCGGAAAAUCGUCAUAGGCUGUUCGCCUCAGUCUUUGUUCCUGCGCCUGCUGCUUUGAUCUUUCCCGACAAGCAGGCCAUCGACUUCCUUUAUCCCAAUCCACCUUUCUCACUUUUUGUAUACCUCUUCUUUCACGUGUAAACGUGGUGUCGAGUAUACGUACCAGACUCGUCCUGCUCCAUCAUCUACCGGCAAAGACUUACCUGCAUGCCGACCGGCGCGACGUCAACCCUCUCAAAAUGGCCAUCGACAACGACACUCGAGGAUGGAUCAUGACAUGUAUCAGCGGUGUUGCCUGCUGCCUUGGAGCGUGCAUUAUAUGUGUUGAUAUCGUGGUCCGACUAAUACCGCGUUGGCACGACUUCUCUAUUGCUGAAAGCGACCAAUUCCUCUCGGCCUCAUUAAGCAUGACUUUCGGCGUAAUGUUAUUUUCGUCCCUUUACUCAAUGCUUCCACAGUCGAAGAUCUACCUCACAAAUGCUGGGUAUUCAGGGAGAGACGCUUCAUACAUAUUGAUUGGGCUGUUUUUAGCGGGUGUUUUUGGUAUUCAAUUUCUCUCCUCUGUCAUACAUCGUUUCAUGCCUUCACAUGUCGUGGAUUGCGAUCACACUCAUGAUGACGAGGAGACUAUGACCAAAGGUCGAGAAGAGAUGGCAGAACAUCAACACGAUGAUGAGCACGCAGAAAGAGUUCCCAUAUCAAAGUGUCGUACUCACGACCACGACGAAGAUACACCAUUGCUAUCCCGGACAACUAGCUUGAGUCCUAGAAAGCCACAACACAGCAGACAGGACUCAAGUAGCGACAGUCACAACCAGAGUUUGUCCCUGCCACCAAACAAUCGAAGGCCUUCCUUGAUGCCUAAGACGCUUACAAGAACUCUCUCGAAGUAUGUGGCAGGCCGGAAAGACAACUGUGAUGAAACAGGGCCAUGUAUGGGGUUUUCAGAUCCCUGCGGGCAGGAUUGCUUCAAGGUCUUUCACAGGCGUACAGGCCAUGGAUCGUUCACACACGCGCCAGCCUCCCGCAAUGUCGCAAAUAUAGUAAGCGACACUCACAUCGCACCAUUAGAGGAACAGGAUGAGAUUCCGGCUUCCAAUGGAUCUGCUCAGCCUCAGGGCAGCACUCAGGACCGUAAGCCACUCUUACUCCGCGCCAGAUCCUCGACACAUCAUUUCCAUCAUGCUGAGCAUGACCAUCCGGAAGCAGGCCAUGGAUUACGGCGUGGUUCUCAUCAGUCACACUCCGUUGGGCAAGGUCCAGAACACCAUCACCAUGUUCCUACAAACGCAUUCAUGUCUAUAGGGCUGCAGACGUCCAUCGCUAUUGCAUUGCACAAGGCACCUGAAGGUUUCAUCACAUAUGCGACAAAUCACGCCAACCCCCAGCUAGGAUUCGCUGUCUUCAUGGCCUUGUUUAUACACAACAUCACCGAAGGGUUUGCAAUGUCACUUCCUCUAUACUUGGCUCUCGACUCCCGCUUGAAAGCCAUUGUAUGGUCAUCUGUCUUGGGUGGCCUAAGUCAGCCAUUGGGCGCAGGCAUAGCGGCGUUAUUCUUCAAGCUAGCGAAGAGAGGCAGUGUCGCUGCCCCUACGGAGGGCGUAUAUGGGGGCAUGUUCGCGGUCACAUCGGGUGUCAUGACGAGCGUCGCUUUAUCCUUGUUCGCCGAAAGUCUACAAUUGACUCACAACAGAGGAACGUGUGUGGCAUUUGCAUUUUUGGGAAUGGGCAUUUUGGGCUUCAGCUUCGCAUUGACCGCAAGCUAGAUCAUUGGCUGGAGAGCACUCCAUGAUUGCAUUGGGUAUUCGUACAAUGAUUGCAUAACGAACGCGUGGGAGUUCCUGGUGUACAUAACAAAUUGGAAUGAACUGAGAGCCAUCGAUGCGCACCUCAGC